CUGUGCGGUCGUGUGGUGAUGAACAGUCGGAUGAGUUCAUGAGGCUCUUUGGCUGUGGGUGUUGGUAUGUGUAAACAGUUCGUGAGGUGAAGGCAUUUUACAUUCCUAUUUGCGCCCAUCGUACGCUUCGAUGGUCGGUGCAACCGACGGAGGGAUGUCACCGCUAGCGCGGGAUUCCUCCGAAAAACGCAGCGACGACGGAACGGUGAAUCCCGUGAUCAAAAAGAUCUCUUCGAGGAUCCUGCCCGGUGCUCUUGCCCCAGCCAAUAAAGAUGCCAUAGAGUGGGGAUUCCAGUCUUUACUGGCAUAUGGGUGCCACAAGCAUAUCGUCGUCGUCGACACGAAGUAUGCAAAGGUCUUCCAGACGCUUUCUGGACACAACCACAAUGUCACCAAGGUCCGGUGGUCGCGCCACAUGCACUAUCACGAUCUAGUCAAUCCAUACCACCUGAAGCUGGCCAGCGCAGACACUUCAGGCACGGUGCUGGUAUGGGACAUCUCCCAGGCUACUGUGCGCAGCACCCUGACCGAGCCGGACCGUGCUCUGCUUGAAAUGAACUGGCUGGUGGGAGGAGACAGCAGCCACCACCUCCUGCUGACUCUGUACUCGCUGGGCACUCUGGUCCUCUGGCAUGCUGACAGCGGGGCACAGCUCUGGCGGAAGAACUAUGCUGAUGCCCUCCUGUCCUUCUCCCUGGACCCCUUCUGCGAGAACGCCGUCUGCUUUCUUGCGGCCGAUUGCCUCCUCCUGGUGGAAGACCUGAGCGGGCAGCAGGCCCCAGUCGGCGUCGGCAGCAAGUGGCACGUCUCGGGUCAGCCGGGUGGUACAGCCAACGACGAGAAGAACCGAUCCAAAAGCCGGCUACUGAGCGGGGUCAAGUCGCUCAUGCGGGCUGCCGACUCCAGGAUUGGCACUGACGAGGAACAGCCUCUGAGUGAAUGCCUGCAGCUGUGCUACCAUGGGGCACUCCGGUAUCACUUGCUGCUACUGUAUCCCAAGAGGCUAAUGGUCUUGGACACAGAAAUACAGCAGACACUGGGUGUGAUUUCCCUGGAGCGCAACGGCUCUCCCUUUGUGCGGUGCCAGCCAUGCUGGCAGCACGACAUGAUCCUGUGCCUUCACGAGUCCGGUUCGGUGAGCGCCCGCGUGCGACAAAGAGACCAGGAGGAGCAUUGUGCCAGAGGAGACUUUGGUCACGGGACGAACCAAGUGAACUACACCAUGCGCUGCAUCUCGGAGGCUCUGCGGCUCACCAAGCACUCUAAGGUCUUUGGGCUGGCGGUGCGUCGGAGUGGACAGCACCGGAUGGCCCUGCUCAUUGGUGACGGCCGCCUCCUCUUCUUCGAGCUGGCGUUUUCUAAGCAGGUGGGAGCCCAGUCUGAGGAGAGCGGCUCGCUGCCCGAGCUGCUGGCACCCAACGUGGGGCUGCGACUGCCAAUGUCCGGCCUUCUCGAAGCGCUGGCUCCAGGGCCCCACCUGACGCGCAUGUGUCCCCCGGUCACCUUCGGCAACUGGAGCAGCUACCGACCGCUCCUCGCCGUGGGAAACAAUGCGGGUGGAGUCCAGGUGUUUGACCUGUCCACCGGCGUCUUGGAGAAGGAGUUCAACCUGCACGCGACACCCGUAAGGGGCAUCGAGUGGGUGAGCCUGACGUCGUUCCUGUCCUUCGCCUACGCCAACCUCACGGGCGUGGGCGGCAAGGUGAAGAACGAGAUCGUCCUGACGAGCACCGGGUCGGGCCGGGUGCGGCAGGUGCGCGCGGACGCCAACGAGGAGUCGCCGGUGUGCGCCAUCAGGGUGUCGCACCUCAAGCAAUACUUUGUGGUGCUCUUCAAAGAGCAGCCCUUUGAGCUCUGGGACCUACGGACCCUCACCUUGCUGCGCACCAUGCCAGACAACUUCCCCUGCGUGACGUCCCUGGAGUGGUCACCGUUGGUCAGUGGCAAGGCCCAGCUGCGUGCCCGCCAGGCGUCCGGCCGCAAGGACACCGACGCUUCUGUCGGCGACCGCGCUGUCAACCAGCUCGAGAGACAGCCGAGCCUGCCGUCGGCCGGCCCGCCGCUUCGGGAACAGCUCGUCUUCACCGACGCAGAUGCGCAGCUCUACUACUUCACCGUGGAGGGAAACGUCGUGAGGGACUGCACGCGCAACCCUCCGGAGGCCGGCAUGGCUAGCAUCACCAGCAUCGCCUGGAAGAGCGACUACAUAGUGCUAGGAGACGCCGACGGGACUCUGACCGUGUGGGACCUCAAGGGCAAAGUGCUGAGGACGUUGCCGACGCAGAGGGGCUGCGUCAAGAGGCUCAAGUUUGGGCCCGGCAAGGGAAACAUGAAGGUCUUGGCCUUGUUCGCCGACGGACUGGACGUGUGGGAUGCCCAGGAGGUGCAGCUGUCGGUGCAGGCCCGCUGUCCGCAGGAUCUCCCGGGCGUUUCAGACGUCGACUGGGCAAAGUCGGACAAGCUGGUGGUGGCGACUCUGGAUGGAUGCGUCCGCAUUGUGGACAUGGAGCUCAAGGGCUGCUCUUCCCCUGUGGCCAGCCAGUUGGAUACGAGCCGGGUGCCCUUUGUUCCCCACCUGCUGCCCCCCAAGGCCACCCUGAGACUCAAGUCCCAGCUGCAGCACCUGUCCCCGGCCGGUCUGGCGGAGCUGGUUACGCCGGAGAGGGCGCCGGGCGAGACCGCCCUCGUCGACAAGCUGCUGCAGGCCUGGGCCGCCCAGCGGGCACCCUCCGACAGCCUGGCCACCGGGGUAGCCGAACGAAGCCUCAGUGUUGCCAGUUGGUUCGGAGACGAGGAGGCCCUGCGCUUCUGGAGCGUGGCGCUCCACUAUUUGGCUUCUCGUCGGCCAGAAGGGGCCUCUCCCGACCUUCCCGCGGCCGAGGCAACCCUGGGCCCCUGCUACGACCUGUGGUGCCCCAACCCCUUCUACAAGGCGUUGCAGUUGGAGCGACUGCUGCUGCACGAGAGCCGGCGGACGACGCACAGCCACACGCAGCGCUGUGCAUGUCGUCUGCUCCUGCUGGGCCAGUCCGACCGGGCCGUGCAGCUGCUCCUGGAGACGGACACGUGCAGCGAGCACUUCCACAGCGACUCGCUCCGGGCAUGCCUGAUUGCAUCGCUCAAGACGGAGACCAAGGCCCAGUCGGUGGUGAAGCUGGUGGCGACAAACCUCAUUGCCAGCGGCCGCACGUGGGACGGCGUGCAGCUGCUGUGCCUCAUUGGCAAGGGCCUCGAUGCCUGCCGCUACCUCCAGGCUGCGGGACAGUGGGGCGACUCAGUCUGGCUGGCCAAGUGCACCCUCGGAGAAACAGAGUGCGGUGAAGUGGUACGCAGGUGGGCCGACUACCUUUUGCAGCAGCACCAGAAGGGCAAAGCCCUGCUGACUCUGCUGAGCAUCGGCCAGUUUACUCGCUGCAUCGAAGUGCUGCACACCUCCCGGAUGGUGGAGCGGGCCGCGCUGCUAUUGGAUGCAUGCAUCGAGUGGGGGCUGCUGCCCUCUGGUGACCUGGGGCCCCAGCAGGCUCUCGCCACGAGUGUCUGGCUCGACUACGCCCGCUACCUCCACUCGGUGGGCAACCGGACGGCCAGCCUCCACUACUGCCAGCUGGCGGGCGACGCAGCCAGCGACCUCUGCAGAGAGCUCGAGAUGCUCCUCGACGAAGAGGCGACUCAGCUUGACGUGUCUCCGCAAACGGACAGUUCAUAAAGUAACAUCUGUCAGCAAGGCAGGAGAAAACCGGUCUUGUUGGCAGUACACACGGAGUUGUUUUUAGAAACUCCUUUGUACGGUUUAAUAGUAAAUUAUAUUCACUUCCGUU